AUGCCUAGCCCUUUAUUCCACCCGGACAUAAUGGACCACGACGUGGUGAUCAGCAGCCAGCACAACGGGGUCGGUCUCCCCCGAGAAACGGAGCAGGAGUCCCGGGACGAGGACCACCAGGAGGUGCUCCGCUUCGCCCUGGACCAACUGUCACUCAUGGCGCUGGAAAAGGUGGACUGUGGUGGCGGAGGAGGCGGCGGCGGGCUGGCCGACACCCUGGACGGGAGUCAGGCCCCCGCCUCGGAGGGCUACGCGGACCUCCAAAUGUCCCGGGACUCGCCGACGUCCUGCUCGCCGUCCCCGGAGUACUACGGCUCGGGCGGCUACCACAUGGCCGGCGGCUCGCACCCGAUGCUCCACGGGGAACAAAGCUCCUCCGUCCUCUGCAACCGAAAGAGAAGCGUCAACAUGACCGAGUGCGUGCCCGUGCCGAGCUCCGAGCAUGUGGCGGAGAUCGUUGGGAGACAAGGUUGUAAGAUCAAAGCGUUGCGCGCCAAGACCAACACUUAUAUCAAGACCCCCGUCCGCGGCGAGGAGCCGGUGUUCAUCGUGACGGGGCGCAGGGAGGACGUGGAGAUGGCCAAACGAGAGAUCGUGUCCGCCGCCGAGCAUUUCUCCAUGAUCCGGGCGUCCCGUUGCAAAGCGGGAGGCUCCGGAGGAGGAGGGGGCGGCGGAGGAGGAGGGGGCUCGCUUCCUGGACCGCCGCACCUCCCUGGACAAACAACCAUUCAGGUGAGGGUGCCAUACAGAGUGGUGGGUCUGGUAGUUGGUCCCAAAGGAGCAACCAUUAAGCGCAUCCAGCAGCAGACCCACACUUACAUUGUGACGCCCAGUAGAGAGAAAGAUCCCGUGUUCGAGGUGACGGGCAUGCCAGAAAACGUAGACCGCGCCAGAGAGGAGAUCGAGACCCACAUCACCUUGAGAACCGGGACCUUCGUGGACCUCCAGGGGGACAACGACUUUCACACCAACGGCACAGACGUCAGCCUGGAGGGCCUGGGCGCCCUAGGUGCCGGCCUGGGGGCUUCGCUGUGGUCCAGGGCCACCAACCACCAUUCGGCGCCCCCGCCACCGCCUCCCUCGCCGCCACCCGCCGCCAUCCCCAUGUCGGUCAACCGCAAGAUGUCCUCCUACCACUCGCACAACGGCAACAUUAGCGCCGACGGCUACGGAGGGGGCCGCAAGGGGAACGAGGGGGCGAGCCCCACUAGCCCCUUCAGCACGGGUUCAGGCGGCGCCGGCUUCACUUUCGGGGGCGACUCCACUCCGCUCCCGUCCUCGGAUGAACUGGGCUACGAAUUCAGCGCGCCCAACAUCUGGGCCCCUUUCGGCAAUGGCGCUAACAAGACGGGCGGACCCCCGCAGCCGCCGCUGCGACGCAACAGCAGCGGCCUGAGCGGCGGCGCCGUUACACCCCGCCUGUCCCCCACGCUCUCGCAGGACGCGGGCGCCGGGCCCCUGGAGCAUCCGCUUGCCCGCCGCGCUCAGAGUGACCCCCUGAGCGCGCUGUCCUGGUUGCAGUCGGGCGGCGCGGGGGGUGGCGGCGGCAGCUCCUCCUUCUCCGGGGGCUCCAGCUCCAGCUCGGGGGGCUCUUCCACCGGCUACUCCUCCAGCUCAACAUCCUCGCUGCCCGGCGGCUCGCCCACCGACUCGGAAGGCGGCGUGGGAGGCGUGGGCUUAAGCUCCGGGAUGCUCAGCCGACUGAAAAGCGCGCCGGGGGGUGUCCCGGUGGGCGCCGGCGUCAACAGGGACUGCUUCGUAUGCUUCGAGAGCGAAGUGACCGCCGCCCUGGUGCCCUGCGGCCACAACCUUUUCUGCAUGGAUUGCGCCGGGCAGAUCUGCCAGUCGGCCGAGCCCGAGUGCCCCGUGUGCCACACGCCCGCCACGCAGUGCAUACGCAUCUUCUCUUAA